AUGGCCCCUGCACUAAGGAUGCGCACAUCAAUCCUACCCGAAAAACUAAUCAUCACCCUCACCAUCUUCAUCAUCGAUAGCCCCCUGCGGAAAUUCCACUGGAAUUUUGUUGUCGACGAGGAAGAAGAAUGGCGCGCCUGCUCUGUAAAACGCAAGAGAGAGAUGGAGGAAGAGGAAGGAGAAGAGAAAAAGAAGAAGGAGAAGAAGCCCAGACUAUUCUUCCGGAGAUGGUCGGCGCCUUUGGCGCCUGUCCUUUCUGCUGUCCCUGCUGUUGUUGCCCCUGCCACCACAAAAUCGCGAACUUAUGAUGAACGCGCUGUGGCGGUCCUGGCGUCUGUCCAGAAAAAGUUGUCAGCCCGGCGAAAAAGGGACAAGAAGCCCAAGCCCAAGCCCAAAGGGCAUUCUAUUCUCGAAGAAAUGGUGAUGGAAAUGCUAUGA